AUGACUUCCACGCAGUCUGUGUUUAGGGGCAGUAACGAAGAGAGGGCCACCUGGCUCCAUCAACAGGGAGUCUUGGAGCUGUUUUGGAAUAAAGGGUUCCUGGAAAUUGUUGAUCAUCUACAGGUGGCCUCCAAAGAAUUCUCAGACCCCAGCAUCAAGCGUCUCCUCGGAUACAUCUGCGCCGACUCCGCCGCGGCUCUGGGUUACACCGUGGCUAACCUCGGCGACGAAUGCGGUGUCAUUGCCCUGAAAUUGAUGCAGUCCAGCCCUGAUCAUACUGAAGGAACGCUCACCGCGUACGACUACAACACCAUACUGACCGAUGUCAUCCGGCGCCUGGCGGCGGGGAUUGUCUUCAGUUGCAAGACACGGCUGCGGAUCGAGGUGGACGAGAAACGACGGAGGAGGAGGAGAAGAAGCAGCCCGAGCCUGCUCAGAACGGCAAUGCCGACAAGGAAAAACCAGGCGCCAACGGCGAUCAAGCUGCCACCACCGAGACCAAGGAAAGCACUCCUGCCGAGAGCACUGACUCUGAUGUUCCAGAAGCUGAGGAGGACGCUCUACUGA